AUUUCCGGGACUAUAAACUAUAUAAAAGGAGCCGUACGACGCUGAGGGUUAAACUGAACCACGACAGGCAAAGAUCAUCUUCCUGAACAAGAACUCCGGCGACACUAAGAAGACCAUGUUGUUUCUACAUGUAGCUCUGAUCCUAGGGGUGCUGAGUCAACAUGCUUCCCAGCUAACCCAUGGCGCCGUUUUGGGUGCGCCCGAAGUUCCCUAUACCGUUCUCGGGACAGAUGCAGCAAACAAUCUGGUCAUAGAGGGCACUACUCGUCCCCUCGGCGGCGCCGCCGCCUCAAACAGUCUGGUCAUAGAGGGCGUUGACGUAAAUACCUUGUCUACCGAAAACCUGGAAAGUUUCUUGACGGCUUUGGAUGAAAAGUUUUUCGGGGAGUUAGAUAUCGAAGUUGGAAAGCAUAUAUUGGGAAGUGUUGCUACCGGAGGUAGGGCAAAGAGAUGGGUCCCACUUGUUGCGCGUGGGGCGUUCGCUUUAGGGCGUGGUCUAUUCAGGGCACUGUCCCGCGCAAAGCCGUCAAGAAGUGCAGGGAAACUCACCCGCCAGUACGAUAGAAAAGGCAACUUCCGAAAGGCAGUCAGUGACUUCCACAGACUGAAGCCAACAAAUGUCAAAAGGUUCAAAGGAAAGGAUGGUCUGGUUGGUUUGGAGGGACGUAUGGGGAAAAACACCGUCAAAGUAAGGUCGACCAGUUCCGGGAAUCGCCCUACUCUUGAGGUGUACAAGACUGACAAGGCCGCUAGAAAAAUCCUCCGAAAAGUUAGAUACAACAGGAACAACUAAAGACAGUCUCACAUCGGGCUGUUCCCGUUAGCUAGUAACUAACAUGAUAAUAAAAAUAGUGUUUUUGCAAAGGCAAUACGUCAAAAGUAAAAGGAGGAUAAAGAUUACCGAUCCGAUAUCUCAUAAAAGUAGUGAUAUCAGCAAAAAAAAAUAAACAUUUUUUUAAUUUCAUUUUCUUCAAUGUUUAAUAGAAAUCCAUAAUCCAUACUUUCAAGCUAAGAAGUACCCAAUAUCUCGAGCGUACCCAUUCAUCUUGCUGUUUCAAAAUUGCUGUCUUCAUUGUAAGUGAUAUGUUGUUAUACGGUAAAUAUUAUCUCAUUAUGACGUUGGAAUCCUGGUUGUGUGUUAUUGUAUGUUAAUACAACAACGAUUACUUACAUUUACGACAACUACCGGUUGUAUUGUUACCGGAAAGGUAAUAUCUGUUGCGGUGACUUUUUUUUAUCUGAAGCGUCUGAGAAAUUAGCCGAUUAUUUUCACCAGGGUUUUCUUUCAAUGAAUUGAUUUGUGUGUUUAUGCUUCUUUGUAGUGUUUUUGUCUCUCUCUCUCUCUAUUUCGUAUGUUUCAUAUGGAGCUUUCCCGAGUGAUGAAAUACAUAUUUGUAUUUUUAUAUCAUAAUUCAUUGUAACACCAUUUAAAACAUCUACUUUAAAGAGGAAGCAAUAAAUUUAUUAAAAAUAUG